AAGCCGUCGUCCUUCGCCGUUUAGAGACGGAACGAUGCCGUGCUUGGGAGAGAUUAUAAUAACUUCGUUGCCCUGAGGUCGAUCGCCAACACACUUCAAGUCUUAUCUUCGCAUUGCAACCUUACGAUCGUUGUGCGCAGAGCACGCGCUCCAAUGGCUCCACGACUAGCUCUCUCAGCUUGCCUUUUCGGUAUUGCGACUGCACAGGCGGCGACUUCGGCCUUCUGGACUUAUACUUCGAGAUUUGCGGAUCAAGUCUCGCCGAGCCCAUACACAAGAUAUAAUGGAGCUGUGACGACGUACAUGUCCACGAUGCACCGGACGGUAAAGAGCACAGUCACCCCUACUGCUACGCCUACAUCGACAUCGACAUACUAUCAGUCAUACAACAACGUGCAAGGGGUGUACAUGUACUACGCCACUGGCGCGGUUGCUGAGUCCGAUCUCAUGCCAGAACGGACGUAUGACUACUCCGCAACUACGAUGAGUACGCCGAGUGCGACGACAAGUACCUACAUCUACUUCUCUAUGCCAGUCAUCAUGACAGCGCCGGCGUCGUGCCCCACACCAUUCACAAUCACGACUACAGCCUCCAUAUCCGUUCCCUCAGAAGUCACCGGGCAGGUGACUCCAACAUCGAUUAAGGAUGGCACUACCUCCACAGGUAUAUAUGGCAAUGUCUACUAUAUUCAAACUUGGUACCUCUCGGAUGGGGCAGCACCGUUUAAGACUACUGCAGACUACUACUACCGGUCUUACGUCGCAUCUUGCAGCACACCCCCAACUGAAUACACAGGGAGAACCCGCACCGCACCUUCGACAACAUACACAGGAAGCCCCCGCAGCGGUGGCUCCGGCAAUAAUGGUUCAACGAGAUCUUCUCGCAACCGGUACUGCUACUACUCCUCCUACUAUUGCGGCACGCCUCUGGUCAUAUGGAUUAUCGUCAUCGCAUCCGUGAUCCCCAGUUUAUUUCUCUUGGGCUUCCUCGAGAGCUGGUUCUGGUUCCGCCGGCUUAUGCUGGGCAAGAGUGCUAUGCGUUUUGGCACCAUCUGCUGGGUUAUCAUCUCACUCUGGGUCUUGUGCUUCACGCGCAUGCAGGACCGUAGGAGCCCCGAGGAUCGGAAAGUUUUAGCAGAGAAAUGGAAGACUAUGAGUUCCGGUGCAGCUUUCAAGGCGUGGUGGAAGUGGGGAUUCCGUCACGCAUAUCCAGUCGAGCAUUUGGGUCAGUUCUCUCGACAAACUGUCGGUAUCGUUCCAGCUGGUCAACCACUGCAUCCUGCGAUGGCACAAGCACCGUUUGGCUUCCCUCCUGGCGGUCCUGGACAGCCGGGGCAGGUCUUUUACUAUGGACCCCCGCCUCCAGGCUGGGUUCAAGCACCCAACGGCGGCUUCGUGCCUCCGCAAGGCUACACUUUCCCACCUCCCGACCAAGCAGCAGGCUACUACGGUGACGUGAUGAAGGAUGGAAGUGUCGUCAAUUCCCCACCUGGGCCACCACAACAACCUGCCUACCCAAUGCCUCCUCAAGCCCCACAACCUGUGUAUACACAGCCAAACGUAGCACAGACGCCCGCUGUUUCUCCACUUCCACACGCUUCGUUACCACCACUUCCUCCACGACCGCAGGCACCCGUGUCUCCAGUAAGUGAAGUCUCGAGUUUGCAGAAACCUCAAGCACUGAACAACCCGCCGAAUCCCCUGCCGCUAAAGAAUGAUCCUAAUGAUCGGAGUCUAUAUGAGUGA